AGAUUCACUCUUCUUUUCUUUUCUCUUGUUCUUUUAUUUUUAUUAUUAAUUCUACCUCUCCUAGUACCUACUAACCUACCUCGGAGAACUUAAAAAUGGUGAAGGAAAAAUGGUGAAGGAAGUCAAAGUAACAAGCUUUUAAACAAAAUAUUAUUCUCAUAACCAACUGUACCCAACAUAAUUGAUUUAAAGCUUAUAAAUACAGUAGCUUCUUAUUUUUAUUAAAGUUUUUUUUUUAUUUCAUUACAAGAUACAUUAGAUUAGUGUGAAUGUAAAAUUAGCAGGUGGUGAUCCAAUCAGAUAAAAGAUUAAGGACUUAAUUAUAAUAAUAAUCAGAAAGAGGUUAGGAGCCUAAAAAGUUGAAAGAGUCCUCCAACGUAAUUUACCACACCCCCUACCCCCAACCCAAAAACAAAAAAAUCUACAUUUUUAGCCUUUACGGCUCUACUCUACUGAAAAAAUAACCAAAACAUUAUUUAGCUUUCAUUAAGUCGGAAAAUUCGCGGCGCCGAUACGUGGGUCGGUGAGCUCAUCAGUAAGUAGGGUUUAAAUGGUAAUCGGUCAUUUUGGCCACGACUCGACCGUUGGAAGAGACUGGCGACUCUUAAGCUUCCUCUCUCGUGCCCAGAGAAAGAGAGAGAGAGAGAGAGAGAGAGAGAGGGGAAGUUCGUUCAAAGGAGGAGAGCAGGGGGGAGAAGAGGCCUUCUUAAUUUCUCUCUUCCCCCCAACAAUGGUGAGCACCAGAAGCAGAGCAGCGGCCUCCUCUGCCGCGGCGCCGGCAAUGGCGGAUCCCGAAAACCUCAAACGGAGGCGAGGAAGGCCCCCGAAGAGGACGAGGAACACGAGCCCCUCGCAGACGACGACAGCGGCAGCGGGGUACGAGAGGCGUCGCGACGAGAGAAUAAAGGAGAACCUGGAGCGGAUGCAGAAGCUGGGGAUCCUCGACCUCUCCCUCAGCCUCAUCAAGAGCAGCAGCAGAAGCAUCACCUCCCCCGCGAACCACGCGCCCUCUCCCGACUCUUACUACAAGCGGACCCAAGACCUCAGCAAGAAGAAGAAGCCAUCCCUCCCUCACCCUCUCCCUCUCCCUCCCCCUCCCCCUACCAGGCGCUCCUCCAGGUUGCAAAAUGUAACCCCCGUUAGCUAUGCAGAAAUCCGCCUGUCAAAGGGUGGCGAUGUACUGAAAAAUAGUUCAGUUUUGAUUGAAGAAGGUUCGAAGGAAGAAGUGUAUACGGAGGAGCAUGAGAAGCUGCUAGGUACUUGUGGGAUGACUUGGACUCUCUUUGUGGAUGGGUAUGCCAAAGAUGGGGCUCGCAUUUACGAUCAUAUCAAAGGGAAGACGUGCCACCAGUGCAGGCAAAAAACUCUCGGCCAUCGUACAAACUGCUGUAAAUGCAAGCUGGCCCAGGGACAGUUUUGUGGAGAUUGUUUAUACAUGAGAUAUGGCGAGAAUGUUCUGGAAGCCAACAAAAAUCCCAAUUGGAUUUGUCCAGUUUGUCGGGGAAUCUGCAACUGCAGCCUCUGUAGAGUCAAGAAAGGAUGGACACCUACUGGCCCACUGUAUAAAAAAGUGACGAGUCUAGGAUACAAGUCUGUAGCACAUUACCUCAUUCAAACACGAAGAGCUCCAGCAAACUCGGGGAAUGAAAAUUCUGCUGAACCAGUUUCCUCGGAGAAGCUACUAACUUUUACUGAAGCAAAAGCUUCCUGCCAACCUGAAAACACCCGAGAAGGUGACUUCAGUGACUUCACUUCAGCUUCCGUUGAGAAUGGCAGUAAUGGAUGCACGGAUAAAAGCGAGAUAUUACACAAUCCAGAUGAGCGUACUGGUGCCUCAGACUGUAUUGCGAGCAGGCUAAGGUCGAGGCAGAGCAAAUCCUGAAGAACUUUCUUCAUCGCUCUAAUGACAGUGAUUCUGGGAUAGAUGAUUCCUUUUUGCAGCAGUUAACAACUUAUACAUUGUCGUUGGCUCAAUUACACUUUACGGUGCUACAUCGUCAAAUAUUUCUCGGUUUUUUGGAUUAUUCAAGAGUCAACAUUUUAGGCAUUUGUGUAUUGCUAUGGUUAUAUCAAAUGAAAAUGCUUUUGUUUUGUGAACUGAAUUUGUCAAGAAAGCACAUUUAAUGUCUUGACUAAAGAUUUUAUUCCAUACAAGUCCUCUCUCUUGUGCGCAUAACGCGCAAUGUGAUCAACUUUAUAAUUUGGUUGUCAGCUCCUGUUAAUAAUAGAAGAAUUUCUGGUA